AUGACUUUCGCAGCCAAGAUCCACUAUCUUCAACGCCUCAAAUUGUACGAAAGCCAGAAGCCAUAUAUGAUCACAUUUGAUAUACCAGAAAAAGUCGGGAAAAAGACCAACCAUUCUUAUAUUCCUUGUGACGUGCAUAUCACCAAUGCCCAACAAUGCAAAGAGAAAUUUACUCUAGAUAGCCAUGGCUUUCAGUUUGAAGACUGGCCUACCAAUCUUGUCUCGGAAAAUUUCGACGACGAUAACCUUGUGAAGAAUCGAUAUUAUGGUGAAGUUGUGGCGCGUAUGGAGCAACUGUUUCCGGAUGCCUUGGAGAUUCGUGCUUUGACUUAUCUCAGAAGGAAACGGAACGAGACGUUUUUGAAAGUCGCAAGCGCUGAACCAAAGUCUAUCAACCCCAUUAUCUAUGCACAUACUGACUUUACACCAAAAGGUGCUGCUACAGCAAUCGAACCCCUUCUACGUGCUCAUGAGUACUUGCGUGGACAUAGAUAUGACAUGUUGAAUGUCUGGCGGCCCACACGAGGCCCGAAUAGGGAUUGGCCACUUGCUCUCUGCGACUUCAAUACAAUCACACGGAAGGAUAUCGAGUUCAACGAUGUGAUUCAUAGGGACCACGUUGGGGAGAGCCUACGUCUAUAUCCGAACCCAGAGCACAGGUGGUAUUUUCUGGAUGACCAGACAACUUCACAGGUCGCCAUAUUCAGGAACGUGCACUCAGAUGGGUUGGAAAUUCCAUUUGGUGUGCACUCAGCUUUUACGAACCCCCGUGUAAAUAGUGAUCAGCCUCCGCGCGAGAGUAUUGAGUUACGAUGUGUGAGGUUUUUCAAAUGA